AUGCGUACAAGCUGGGCUACUUGGACUACAAAUGGAAAUGAUCUCUUCUAUGCCAUUGGAGAUGAAGACAUCGAGAUGCUCUGUUCUGACUUGCCCCAUAUGCAAAGUGAGCAGGUUAAUGCCGUGGACAUAGAAGGAGCUGAAGAGCAGGUGGUUGAAAAGACGGUAGCUGAAGAGGAUAAAACAGAUGAGGAUGCAGCAGAUGAGGUAGUGGCAGACAUCACGGAUCAAGCAGGUGGAGCUGUUGAGAAUGUGGCUGAUCAGGCGGAUGCCGAAGAGGCUGUAGACCAGGGAUCUCCUGCUGGCAUCUUAGAGUAG